AUGGGCGAAUACAGCAGUACUGAAGCACACGCAGGCUGUCUCAAUCGCGCCCUGGAUUCCCCAGACACCCUCUUCUCGCGCCGCGUCUCGGCAGCACGCCCGCUGGCCCUCGACCAGUACACCUCCGCUCCCCAUCCGCUCCUCGUUACACCCCACGCGGCGCAACAGCCGCUCCUGAGCUAUCACCCGCUCCUCCGAUCCGUGCACAUCAACAACCUGCUGCAGAAAAACAUCCUCGCGCAGUCGCCCCCCGCCACCACCGUGUCUCAGGAACAGCACCCGAGGCCCUUGGCGUCGAGGCCGGCACAAGAGACCACAAAGAAAGCGCAACCCAAGCCGCACCCUGCGCCACAGCACAUCGAUGGGAAUAACGGCGUGCCGACUAGAGCUACGAGCGGCAAAUCGCAGGUGACGGACUCUGCAACCAUGUCGGGUAGGGGGUCGGAGGGGGUCAAGCAUUCCCUUCCCGCACGCCCGCCAAUGACUUCCCAUCACUCAAACUCCGUCCCAUCGACACCCCACCAGCAUGCUCGGGACGUUGCGUUUCGCUCGAGGACGCCGUCGCCCAACGGCGCGCUUGGCAACCAUUCUCCGAGAUCCGUCUCCUCCGAGGCAAAUGGGACGCUGCCGUCGCUGCGGAAGCAGCCGUACAAGUGCAAAUACGAGUCGGGAAUUGCUUUUGGUAGGCGUCGGAUGGGUUACGACAACGCCGACAUGUUGGAGAAGGCGGCCGUGCCGCCAAAGGCAUCCCUAAACCCCGAAGAAGAGAAGAAGCUCAGUGGCGACAUGAGAGAACUGUACGACCGGUUAUUGCCGUCCGAGGAGAGCCAGAAGAGAAGAACGCUCUUGGUAGAGAAGCUGGGCCGGAUCCUGCGUACCGAGUGGCCCGGGAACGAUUUCAAAGUCCACGUCUUUGGGUCGUCGGGCAACAUGCUCUGCACCGCCGAGUCUGAUGUCGACGUGUGCAUUCAGACCCCAAUGAGGAAGCUGGAAAGCGUGCAUAUGCUGGCUGAAGCACUGGCAAAACACGGCAUGAGCAAGGUCGUGUGCGUGGCCUCGGCAAAGGUCCCCAUUGUCAAGGUCUGGGACCCCGAGCUCGAGCUCGCUUGCGACAUGAACGUGAACAACACCCUUGCGCUGGAGAACACGAGGAUGAUCAAGACGUAUGUCCAGAUAGAUCCUCGCGUACGGCCCUUAACGAUGAUCGUCAAGCACUGGACGAAACAGCGGAUCCUGAACGAUGCUGCAAUGGGUGGGACGCUGAGCUCCUAUACCUGGAUUUGCAUGGUCUUGAACUUCUUGCAAACUAGAUCUCCGCCGGUAUUACCUGCGUUGCAUCAGAUGCCCUUCGAGAAACAUCUAACCGACACCGGAGAGGAGUCAAGUUUCUUUGAUGACUUGGAGCAGAUUCGUGAUUUUGGGAAGGACAACAAGGAGUCCUUAGGGCAGCUGCUCUUUCAGUUCUUUCGAUUAUAUGGCCACGAUUUUGAUUACGAACGUGAUGUUGUCUCCGUCCGGAACGGCAGGUUUUUGACCCGGAAAGAGAAGGGAUGGGAGGUUGACAGCGGCAACAAGGAGGGUCGGUUCCGUUUAUGUGUGGAGGAGCCUUUCAACGUUUCUCGGAACCUGGGUAAUUCCGCUGAUGAUUACGCUUUCCGUGGGAUACAUUUGGAAGUCCGGCAGGCUUUCGAUUUUCUAGCGGAUGGCGGGCAGCUGGGCAAGGUGUGCGAACAAUUUGUCUUCCCCAAGGAGGAGCGGCCCACUUUCCAGAAACCACCGCCCGCUCCGAAACCGACCCUGACUCACAGCACCUCGCCAUCCCGGCGAGGUGGGCGUGGCGGCAACCGUGGAGGCAGAAGCCAUUACAACCAGAGGAACAACCAAGGCGACCGCAGUAGGUCCUCGAGUGGUGCAAACUACCCAAAUGGGCUCCCGUUCUUGAGUCCUCCUCUUGCGGGAGCUGGGCCCGAUUACUUCGCCGCUACCACCGGAGCGUCCUUACACGAACAACUGUACAAACAGUAUCAGAUGCUAGAGAUGCAGCAACACAGCCUGAAAGCGCAACUCUUCGCCCAGGCCCAAGCUCGUGCAGCACAAGCGCAAGCUAUUGCUCAGGCUCAGGCUCAAGCCAGAAACGGUUCGAACCAUGGGUCUCCACCAAAGACGCAGUAUGCGACGGCCCAAUCGGUAUCAAGAGAUCCAAACGAGCCGCCCGCCACUGCACCACUAAUGCCGCACUACCUGUAUCCGUAUGCUGGCUACCCUCCCAACCUUAUGGCCUACCCCAUCGCGCGAUCGGCACAGGACACUCAGACGCCCCAGCAGCAACCAGUGGAUGUUCCCCAGCACCAUGCCCAGGGCCUUCAGAUUGUUCGUGAGAACGGCUCACCAAAGGAGUAUCUCGGCUACUUCAUCGAAUCCCCACAGCAAUUCCGUUCACAUCUCCAAGAUUACACCGUGCAGCAGAUUCCUUCUUUCCAGGAGCUGGCUUCAAGACGUAGAAGGGUUUCGCCGGAUUUGGCACCUCCUCAACAAAGUCAAGCACAGCAGCAUGUUUCGCGGUCCCCAUCUCCGCUCGGACAGAGCCACAAUAGGAGUUAUUCCACCGGGGUUCACACCACAUCCGUGACUUCUGCACCACUACAAGUAUCUGAGAGGCCGACACAACCAGUACCGCCGGCUGAGUCAGGUCCUGUGAUUGUGAAUGGCUCUUACCGUGCGCCGCAAACGAGGGAACAAAAAAGCGUAACUGAAAAUGCCGAUGUAAAUGGGUAUGCCGACAGAGAUUCCGUCUCAUCGAUCCCCGGUCCAACGCGAUCAGAUGAGCCGUUCCCUAUGGAAAUGCCGGAGCAACAGCAACAACAUCAGUUGUACGCGAACGAGGUGUUGCGUCGCCAUUUCGCUUCAUCUGAGCCUGAGAAAUCAAAUGGCAUUGACGUGUACGGUACGACAUCUCAAAUGGCCAUGCCAAAUUACACAGCGGCUGGAACCGGCGUUGUGAACGGCUAUGCUGUCAACAAUGAUGUUGAUUACGCCACAUCAAGUGCCGCUACCUCGAAGACUCAAAAUAUCCCGCCAUGGCGCGUCAAGUCGGCUCCUAACGGCAUGUCGCAUCUUGACAUAUCAAGAACAUCUGCCGCGCCUGCGCAGACGGUUAAGUCGGCAGUCUUGCCUAUACUUUCCCCGGUCCAGGAGACUAGGACUCCUUCACCAACAGCUAGUCGUGGUGCACUAUCUGCUGGCCUCCAGCCAACGAAUGGUACCUUGUCCAGCGGUGUCGGCUUGUCAGAGAAGGAGAGCCAUGUAACUCCGUCGCGACCUGGCAAUGCGCAGAAUGCGAAGCAAACUCCUCAGCCGAAGAAGGAGAGUCCAAUCGUGCACGAAAAGACCGGCAGCAAGGGAGCUGGAUGUGGGAACUCACCCUCGAAUGGCGGCUGGCAGAAAUCCGGUGGGGGCAAAAAGGGCGGCCGCAAGCGCGCCAAGUCCAACUCCAGCAAGAACGGCGAGCACAAGGGAGGCGAGCCUCUUCCAGCCAACGAAGCUGACCGCAAAGGAGGUUAG